AUGUCGGGAGGUGGAAUCUCAGUUGAUCCAGGUAAGAUUGAAGUAGUGGUUGACUGGGUGAAACCAAAGAGCGUGCAGGAUGUUCAGAGUUUCCUUGAACUAGCUAAGUACUACCGGCGGAUCGUGGAGGGAUUCUCUAAGUUAUCUGGAACUCUGACAUGGUUGACAAGGAAAUAUGUGAGAUUUGGUUGGAUCGAAGACUUGGUGAUUAAGCCAACAUUAUUAGAGAGGAAUAAAGCUGCACAGGCUAAUGAUAAAGAGUUAGUUGAGGUUGUAGAGAAGGUGCAGCAGGGGUUGGCUGUGGAUUUUAACAUCUCUGAGGGAGGUGUAUUUAGGUUUGGAACUAGACUGUGUGUUCCAAAUGAUGAGGUGAUAAGGAGGACAAUCUUGGAAGAGGCACAUCGUUCCUUGUAUACGGUAAAGGCUGAACAGUAG